GGCAGCUGGCGAGCCACCACUUCCGGUGUCUCCGGCUGCCAGAGGAAGUAACGUGACUAGAGCCUGCUGCCACAAAAUGCGCUAGCCCCGUAGUAGCAUAGUGACAAGUGCUUUCCACUUUUUUUCCAUCCGUAUUUCCUUCAAGACAGCAGUCUGACGUCGAAGAGUGACAGCUGCCAUGUUGCGACCGAAGGCUUUGACGCAGGUUCUGAGCCAAGCCAACACAAACGGAGUCCAAAGCACACUAUUGCUAAACAACGAAGGCUCUCUCCUGGCCUACUCUGGCUACGGGGACACAGACGCUCGGGUCACUGCCGCCAUCGCCAGCAACAUCUGGGCAGCUUAUGACAAGAAUGGCCACCAGGCCUUCAACGAGGACAAACUCAAAUUCAUACUCAUGGACUGCAUGGAGGGAAGAGUGGCCAUCACGCGAGUGGCUAACCUACUCCUAUGCAUGUACGCCAAAGAGACAGUGGGCUUCGGAAUGCUCAAAGCCAAGGCCGAGGCUCUGGUGGAGUACCUGGAAGAACCUUUGACCCAAGUAGCCGCAUCCUAGUGGGACUGUGUGGCCCAAACCAGUCCAUGGUGUGGCUUCUAACCAAUAUCUCAUUGUCUCUUUUUGUUUAUUUUUAUUUUUUUUAAUUUAAUCAUGUAAAUGUGUUGCUGUUAUUAACAAAUGUGUCUAUUUAGUUAGAUUUCCUGUGGAAUUUUGUCUCGUGAAAGCAUUCAGAUUGAUUUCUGAAGUGUUGUUGAAUUGUAAUUAAGUUGAAAUAUUACCAUUUAAUUCAGAUGAGUCCAAUAAACAAUUUCUGAUUACAGA